GAGAGGGCUUUUUAUUGAUCAAUCUGUAGAUAAGAACUGCUUUGGGUGAAGGGAAAGACAACACUCAAUACAAGGAAGGUCAGCCUAAUUGGACUGGACUUUUAAGAGCAAAGAGGUUUCCGGGAUAAAAUGAAAGCUUCAAAGGUCAGCGGAGCAGGGGCUGGGGUCUGGGGAACUUGGUUUGAGGGGACUUCUAAGUCAACGGGCAAAAUAAUUCUAUUAUGAAAACAUUCUGCAUCCCACUUUGAAUUGUGGCGCCUGGGGUCCUAAAUGCCAACAAGCGCCCAUCUAAGAUACAUCAAUUGGUCUCAACCCACCUGGAGCAAAGGCAAAGGAAGAACACCAAGGUCACACGACAACUAAGAACCCAAGAGACAGAAAGGGCCACAUGAACCAGAGACCUACAUUAUCCUGAGACCAGAAGAACUAGUUGGUGCCCGGCCACAAUCGAUGUCUGCCCUGUCAGGGAGCACAACAGACAACUCCUGAGGGAGCAGGAGACCAAUGGGAUACAGACCCCAAAUUCUCAUGAAAAGACCAUACCUAAUGGUAUGACUGCGACUAGAGGAAUCCCAGAGAAAAUGCUCCCCAGAACUUCUGAUGGCACAGGACAGGAACCAUCCCCGAAGACAACUCAUCAGGCAUGAAAAGGACUGGUCAGUGGGGGGGAGAGAGAUGCUGAUGAAGAGUGAGCUAAUUAAAUCAGGUGGACACUGGAGAGUGUGUUGGCAACUCUUGACUGGAGGGGGGAUGGGAAGAUAGAGAGAGAGGGAAGAUGGCAAAAUUGGCACGAAACGAGAGACUGAAAGGGCUGACUCAAUAGGGGGAGAGCAAGUGGGAGAAGGGAGUAAGAUGUAUGUAAACCUACAUGUGACAGACUGAUUGGAACGGUAAAUGUUCACUUGAAGCUUAAUGAAAAUUAAUUAAAAAAAAAAAGAAGGUCAAAGGAGACAGAAGUUUUUGUAUGUGAGGCCUCUGGAGUGAAUUUGCCCAAGCGUAAGUUCCAGCGAAUCUGGAAAAGAAAGAAAAGAAUUAACAAUGUAUAAUACAUACAAAUAUGCAUGUAUUUUUAAAAAUAAUUUUAUUGUGGCAAAACAUAAAACAAAAACAUUGCCGUUUUAACCAUUGUAAGUACAAUUCAAUGACAUUAAUUAAAUUCACCAUGUUGUGCACCCAUCACUACUGCCUGUUUCCAGAAAUUUUUCAUUCUUCUAAACAGAAACUGGAGCUCUGGUGGCGCAGUGGUUAAGAGCUGUGGCAGCUCACCAAAAGGUCAGCAAUUCAAAUCCACCAGCCACUCUUUGGAAACCCUAUGGGGUAGUUCUGCUUUGUCCCAUAGGGUUGCUAUGAGUCAGAAUUGAAUGCGUGGCAGAGUUUGUUUUUUAAACAGAAAUUAAGGAGCCCUGGUGGUGCAGUCGUUAAGCACUCAGUUGCUAACCAAAAGGUCAGUGGUUGAAACCCACCAGCUUCUAUAAAGUUUGUGGGCUAGGAAACCCUAUGGGACAGUUCUACUUAGUCCUAUAGGAUCACUAUGAGUUGGGAUCCACUUGACUGCAGUGGGUUUGGCUUUCAGUUUUAAACAAACUCAGGACCUCUGUGUUAGUUAUCUAGUGCUACUAUAACAGAAAUACCACAAGUGGGUGGCUUUAAGAAACAGAAAUUUAUUUUCUCAGAGUUUAGGAGGCCAGAAGUCUUAAUUCAGGGUGCCGGCUCUAGGGGAAGGCUUUCUCUCUUGGUCGGCUCUGGGGGAAGGUUCUCGUCUCUGAGCUUCUGCUCCUGGGUAAUCCUCAUGUGGCUUGGCUUCCAUUUUCCCCCAUUCUCCCUGCUUGCUUGCUUGUUUAAUCUCUGUUAUAUCUCAAAGGAGAUUGAUUGAAGACAUAUCCUAUUCUAAUAUUGUCUCAUUAACAUGACAAAACCCAUUCCCAAGUGGGAUUAUAAUCACAGGCAUAGAGGUUAGAAUUUACAACACAUAUUUUUGGGGGACACAGUUCAAUCCAUAACAACCCCCUAAGCAGUAACUCCCAUUUCCCUCUCUCCCUAGCCCCUGGUAACCAACCACUAAUAAACUUUUGUCUCUAUGCAUUUGCCUAUUCUAGAUAUUUCGUGUAAGUGGGAUCAUACAAUAUUUGUUUGUGUCUGGCUUACUUCACUCAGCAUAAUCUUUUCAAGGCUCAACCAUGUGGUAGCGUGUAUCAGAACUUUUCAUUUCCCUUUAUGGCCACAUUUUGUUUCUCUAUUCAUUUGCUGAUGGACACUUGGGUGAUUUCCACCUCUUGGUUAUUGUAAAUAGUGCUACAGUAAACAUUUGUGUACAAGUAUUUCUUUCAACGGUUGUUUUCAGUUCUUUUAGAUAUUUAGGGGUGGGAUUACUGGUAAUUCUAUGUUUAACUUUUGAGGAACCGCCAAACUGUUUUCCACAGCAGCUGAUAAUAGCCAUCCGAGUGGGUAUGGAGUGGUAUCUCCUUGUGGUUUUGACUCGUAUUUCCUUCAUGACUACUGUAUUUUUCCACAAAUAACAUGCCCAUGUAAAUAACACACCCACACAUAUAACACGUGGAAAUGAUGAAAUUAAGUAAAACAGUUCUGGCAAAGGGGCCCACGCAUAUACCAUACGUGUCUUGUGACAUUUCCAGAAGUGAAUUUUGGCCACAUUCACCCAUCUUCCAGUAUUACAGGGAGAAGUGUGGAUUCUGCCCAGGACCUGGGCACUGAGCUGCCUUGUUGAACCAGUCCCAGGGUUUUCACCUUGACCAUGCCCAUCGGGGCAGCCAGUAGGGCUCCUCACACCAGAGGCUGGGAUGUUUUUACAUACCUCUUCAACCCUUCGCAUUCAUCUAAGGGAAGCUUGUCCUGGCCUGCCCUGGAGUAUGGACUUCCGCUUCCUGUCUUCCCAAAUUGGACUGACCUUCUGGCAAGUCUUCUCGAUCUAGGUCCUGCUGCUGUUUAAGUACCUGCCCCAAGGGUGCAGUGCCAAAGGAACCAAAGCUUAUCUCCAUUGCGUGGUGUCUGCUGAAUCAUUUAGAUAAAUUACAGACAGACAAUAAAACAGUCUCUAUUUUUUUUUUUUUAUGAAAAUAGUAAGGAGCCCUGGCGGCACAGUGGAUAACCCCGCUGCUAACUGCAAGGUCAGUGGUUUGAACCCAUAAGCCACUCCUCGGGAGAAAGAUGUGGCAGUCAGCUUCUGUAAAGAUUACAGCCUUGGAAAACCUAUGAGGUAGCUCUAUACUGCCCUGUAGGGUUGCUAUGAGUCGUGAUGGACUCGAUAGCAGUGGGUUUGGUUUUGUUUUAUGAAAAUAGCAGAGGCUUGGGGAGCCUUGGAGAAGCUAGUUCAUUCUAGACAUGAGUCUGGAGAGAUGUACAGGGGUCUUCAAAAUUAUGCUAAUAAUUUUAGCCUUUAUUCCAAGGGCACUGUGAGCCAUGGCCAGUUCUGAGCAGGAGGAAGGUCAGGGUCAGAUUUUCACUUUAGAUAGAUCCCUCUGGCUGCUGUCAGGGGGCUGGAUUGAUGGGGGCAAGACUGGGGCAGAGAGACCAGGGAGGAGGCUGGGACAGCAGCUGGGUGGAAGAAGAGAGGCUGGACUGGGGCAGUGGCUGUAGGGGAGGAGAGGAACGAGUAGAGGGUCCCAGAAGAGACACUUCCUGGGAGCUGGCCCCCAGAGUUGGUCCUGCCUUGAUUUUGGCAUUGGCCAGGUACCCUGCUCCAAAGCCUCAUGUUAGCAUGACUAACAUAACUGACCACACACUCAGCAUUUGCAAUCAAUUCACUUAUCAAAAUGCAGAUCCGAUACAGAUAAGUGGAGCCUCUAAACCUGCCUGUAUGUUUGGAAUGUUUUAUAAUAAAAUUUGUUUCAAAGGAAGACUUAAUGAAAAUUAUAAACAUGGUUGCUAAAAAAAAAUCGUAGAAGUUCUGAAAGGAAAAUUAGUGACAGUGCCCAAAAUAUGGAGCAAAGAAGAGUGAUGGAUAAACAGGAAAGUCGAGACCCAAGGAGGGUCAGUACAGGACAGCCACCCUCUCACUGGGAAGUGUUCUAGAAGAGUACAGAGAGAAAAGGAAGAGGAGGAAAUGCAUAAGACAAGAAAUAUUCCUAGGACUAAAGAGGGGAACUGGGUUCUGACAGAAGAGUGGCAAGUAUGGGAAAUGAGAGAGACUCACUCAGUGCAAUGUCAGUGCCAAAGAGAUGAAGAAAAGCACCUCUCCCCACUCUGGGUAAUGGAACUAGGCCUCCAAACUUUGGAGGGAAUGUGAUUUUGAACCUCUAAUUCUGGGCCAAGAAACUAUCAUCUAGGUUAUUGUGAAGGUGGAAAAAUAUAUUUCAAACAUGCAAGGAUUCAAAACACUUACCUACCAAGCAUCCUUUCUGAAAAAGGUACUUAAGGAUAAACUUCAGAAAAACUGGAGUAGAAUUCGACUAAGAGGAGGACAUGGGUUUCCCACAGUGUGAAGGAGAACAGUUUGAAGAUAUCCUGGGAGGACAGCCCCACCUCAGCCUAGAGAGCAGGCACUGUAUCCACAGUCAACUAUUUUAUAAAAAGAACAGGAGCAAGAUGCUGGAUGAUCUUGGUUACAUGUGUACCACUGGGUGGAGAUGCGGACCAAGAUGCGCAUUAUGGGCUUACAGGGCGCAGCCAUCAAGCCGCUGAACGAGGAGGCGGCCGCCGAGCUGGGUGCCGAACUGCUGGGCGAGGCCACCAUCUUCCUCUUGGCCAGCGGCUGCCUGGUGCUGGAGUACUGGCGCCACCAGAAGCACCAGCGCCACAGGCAGCUGGAGCACAGCGCCGCCUGGGACGCGCUGCAGGACGAGGUGGAGCACCUGUCGCUCAUGCUCGAGGCGCUGCAGGCUCAGGUGCAAGCGGUGCCGUCGCAGAGCGCCCUGGAGGAGCUGCGGGCGCAGCUGCAGGAGGUGCGCACCCAGCUCGGCGCCCGGGACGCACCGCCCGCGCCCUCCGCACUGCCCCUGGUACCACCCACAGCCUUGGCACCGCCUGCAUGUCCUGCCGCGCCCCCGGCACCACCCGCGGCACCGCCCACAUGCCCGGUCACGCCCCUGGCACUGCCUGCGCCCCAAGCAGAGCCCGCGAAAUAGGAAGCCUCAGGGUUCUCUGGGCCUUGACCCAACAGUUGUCUGGGCUGCGACGUCCGACUUGGCCUUCUCUCUGCAAAUCUCCUGCCCAGACUGACCCAAAUAGCCCCUCCCGGUCCCUUUCGGGGCAAAGGCGACCCAGGACUGGGGCUGCUCCAACAGGCAUUUGGUAACCUCCCUACUAACCUGCCUAGUUACCACUUAGAUCUCCACUCCCCCUGGUAGGACAUUCGAACAGGGACACCCCCUCCCCCAGCCCAUUGGUUUUGCACUUUGGAAUGGAAAGGGUGCCUUCCUGUGCACCUGACUCCACAAAUUCGGGCCCAGCAGGACAUCCUUCUCACUCUUUUGGCAAAACAAAACUGCAUCCUCUCGUUGGAUUUAUCUAAUCUUUCAUUCUGUCACACACAUCCCCCCCCCCAUUUACCUGAGGGGUGAUCCCUUCCCUAGGACGCUCGUCCCUUACACAAGAACACCCCGUUCCUCCUCCUCAUUGGUACAGACCGGUGUAAUGAAAAUGCGGAAACUUCCAAUGGACUUAGCUACCCGUCAUCUUCAAUCCACCUAACUCGUUAGGUGGAAAAAAAUUACAAAAACAAAGAUCUUGGACUGCCUUAGCUCCAGUGAGUCACUCUGCGGCGCUACCUCUAAUCCACCCUCGACUGGGAUUCUCCCCUACCUAAGUGGAUUAUUCCAGAAGAUCCUCCCUCCAUCCUUUAGUCUGUGGCACAGUCCACUGGAAUGGCAGGGUCUUCCUGCUAGAUUCCACCCCAUCUCCCAUCCGCGGUCUGUUCCAGCAGGACACGGUCCCUUGGGGUGGGAAAAUUGAUCCUGACUUGGGCUAAUCCCUCCUAUCUUCCGAUCUCAGCUCCCUAUUUACCUGUCUCCAAAGUCCCUAGACCUUUCUACCUUCCUUGUCUCCUCCUCUUCAGUAAUCUUUCAUGGGGACCCACCUGCCCCCACACACACCCCCACCUCACCCCCCCCAUCUUCCAUUCAAAUCAAUUCCUCAGACUACUCAGGGAUCCCCCUUCCCUCCUUCCUGGCCUUGGACUGGUCCCACAGUCCCCCUUUCUCAAACAGUGGCCUCCAAUGGGGCUACCUGCCGCGAAUCUCCGAGCUCCCCACCCCACCCAAAUGGAAUAUUCCACCAGCCAGUGUUACUGACCCCACCCGCUGCCAACCUAUUGAGCCACUGA